AUGAAGAGAUUAAUCGGAAUAACGGUUUUUGCUGGAGUUGUUUUGUGUUGUGUACAAGCUCAACAACAACCACAAGAUCCACAGCAACCCGCCUCUAAACCAAGUCAACCAGUACCAUCACUUGCCGAUAUAUUCCCAGGAAUUGACAAAGCUACAGCACCAGAUCAGACAAAACCUAAUCAACCCAUUCCAAAUCAACCACCAACAUCAAACCAAAUACCUCAACAACCACCCUUUCCAGGGCAAAUACCCAACAAUCUCCCUCCAUUUCCAGGACAAUUACCACAAUCCUUUCCUGGUCAAAGUCCAAUAAACCAAGGACAAGCUUUUCCAGGACAAGGAUUCCCUAAUCAAGGACGAAUGCCAAACACGCUUUAUCCAUUCUUGCAGCAAGCGCAACCCACACCAUUCCAAGGACCCUUUGUUGAUCCAUUCCAACCAAAUCCGUAUGCUUUUCAACCCAACAUGCGUCAGUUCCAAAUCAACCAAGCUCCAUUCCCACAACCAAUGAAUCCUUUUAGCCAGGUCAAAGAUUCUAAAGACUUUUCCCAAUUUUUGUACUGUCAAGUCGCUAACGGUACCAUGCCUGACUGGACAGAUCCAAUUUGUCAGAAAUACUGGUCCUGCACCAACUUCAAUUUGACUCUCACAUCAUGUGCGGCAGACCAAGCUUAUGAUUAUUCAACCAAAGAAUGUACCACCGGCACUAACGUUAAAUGUCAGAAGCAGAAUGUUGAUUUCUGGCAGGUUCUACAGUCAGCUAUGAAUGGUGCUGCACAACCACCACCAACACCUCAAUUUACACCGUUAAGCAGUUUACCAGGCAAUCGAUUGAACAUUACUCUCGAAACCGAUGUUUGUACCCGUCUUGGAGCAAAUCUUCCACGAUUGGAGUCAGUAACCAAUAGUGCAUUAUUAAACCUCUCAAACUGUCCAUUCAACAACUGCAAUAUGACCCUAAUCACAUUUGUAUGUCAAUGA